UAACACCUCCUCUUGUUCAGCACCCAAAGUCGAAGGAUAGCUCUGGCCUUUCAAUUGAAGAAAGUGCUAGAUUUGUCGGUGUUGUAUAAUAUAACCAAUUCUCAGUGUCCAUAUUUGUUUUUGGAAGGAUCGAAAUUGUCUUCAUUUAAUGUGAGAGACAGAACUGGCGUCAAACAUGCGUAAAAAUCAACGCUGUCCAAGCAGGGAACCACCGAGAAAGGAAUUAUCGCCGCUCAUCUGAGGCCAAUCUCGAUCAUUUUUUGUCAAAUAAGGAAACAUAACAUAGCUAGCUAGCUAAAUUGAGCUCCGUAGAUAGCUAGGUUACCGACAUAUCUUCACACAAAAGCAGAAUUCAGCAGACAUUCAAGAGUGGAUCUACCUUCGCAGCAGCAGGAAAACCUGUAGGCAGCAAUGGGUGCAUUCCUGGACAAGCCGAAGACGGAGAAGCAUAGUGCCCACGGUGAUGGUAAUGGACUGCGCUAUGGCUUGAGCUCCAUGCAGGGCUGGCGGGUUGAGAUGGAGGACGCCCACACAGCUGUGGUGGGCCUCCCCCAUGGACUCGCCGACUGGUCCUUCUUUGCUGUCUACGAUGGCCAUGCAGGCUCCCGGGUGGCCAACUACUGCUCUGGCCACUUGCUGGAACACAUCUUGUCAGGAGGGACCGACUUCGGUUCAGGAGCCGGCGCCGUGGAGGGUGUGAAGGACGGCAUCCGCUCGGGCUUCCUGAACAUUGACGAGUACAUGCGCAGCUUCUCUGACCUGCGGCAGGGCCUGGACCGCAGUGGAUCAACAGCCGUGUGCGUUUUGCUAAGCCCGACCCACCUCUACUUCAUUAACUGCGGCGACUCGCGGGCCGUGCUGAGUCGAGACACCAAGGUGGGUUUCUCCACCCAGGACCACAAGCCCUGCAACCCCCGUGAAAAGGAGCGCAUCCAGAAUGCUGGCGGCUCAGUCAUGAUCCAGAGGGUAAAUGGCUCCCUGGCUGUGUCACGGGCCCUGGGGGACUACGACUACAAAUGUGUGGAUGGUAAGGGCCCCACGGAGCAGCUGGUGAGCCCUGAGCCUGAGGUGUGUGUGUUGGAGCGGGCACCUGAAGGAGACGAGUUUGUGGUGCUGGCAUGUGAUGGAAUCUGGGAUGUCAUGUCCAACGAGGAGCUGUGUGAGUUUGUCCGCUCACGACUCCUCGUGUGUGAUGACCUGGAGAAGGUCUGUAACUCAGUGGUGGACACCUGUCUGCAUAAGGGGAGCAGGGACAAUAUGAGUGUGGUGUUGGUGAGUUUCCCCGGAGCUCCGAAGAUCUCAGAGGAGGCUGUGAAGAAAGAAGAGGAAUUGGAUAAAUACCUGGAGACCCGUGUUCAGGAGCUAAUGGGAAACUGUGGGGAGGCGGGAGUCCCUGACCUAGUGUCUGUCCUGAGGAGCAUUGCCGCUGAGAACAUCCCCAACCUUCCACCUGGCGGAGGCCUGGCUAGCAAACGGAGUGUGAUCGAGGCGGUGUACAACAAGCUGAACCCUCACAGAGAAGAGGAAGGGGCCUAUGCGGGGGGAGAGGAGGAGAGUGAGGAGGGAGGUGGCAGCACGGCGGCUCAUCUGCUGGAGGCUCUGCGGCAGUUCCGCCUGCACCACCGGGGGCAGUACCGCACGGUGCUGGAGGAGUCCCUGGCCGCCUACCAACUGCGGGGGGAGAGCGAUGCCGAGGGAGCAGGGGAGGGCAGGAGGACUCUCGACGACGACGAUGGCGGCCGGAAGCAGCCAGCCUCCCCUCCCUCUCCCCCCUCGCCCCCACCCUCACCUGCCAUUGCAGAGCCGGAGGCCAACCAAGAUGCGUCUGCCCCUGAGUCCAAUCCCUCCUCUGACUGAGCACCCUACUCGCAUAACCACUCACCCGACCCCAGAGCUCUAGACAGAUGUGCUAUGACCUCUCCUCCUCUUACUUCAUCACAGAACUUGAAUGGACACAUCAGCCACUUCUGGCUCUAUCAAUUAUCCGCCAUUGCCAUUCAUGAAUAUUUUAAUAAUGCAAUGGAAGUAAAAAUAUCUAUUCAAGUUCUGUCUCCGAGCCACAUUAUAUACCUUACUAACGAGGACUUUCUUUUUUGUGUGUUUCCCCUAUCCCCUGACGACCUUGGCUUGGAUUCCCAAACUUACCAGCCACUUUUAUAACUUGAUCACACAGACUGAUGUUUACAACAGAUAAGAAUCAAUAACAAAAAAUUAUUAUUACAUGCAAAAGUGGCUGGUGAAGCAAAAAAUGAACCUUGCACUCCAUGGCCUACCAGUAUUGGCUUCUGGCUGAUUUCCCCACUAACCCCCCCCCCCCCCCCCCCCCCGCUUACAGUGUGGACAAAAUGACAAAGGAAAGCAGAGAAAACUGUGUUCUGUGUUCAACACACUACACUGACUUCAGGCCUUCUCCAUCUACAGCCUCGGAGCACACACUUUUGCGUAUAUAUGUAUGUGUGUGUGUGUGUGUGUGUGUGUGUGUCUGGAUGAAUUUGGGUGACCGAGCAAGAGACCAAUCAUCAAGACUGAAAUUUCUGUUUUUAGUAGUGCGUGGUACUUGAGUGUUAGCCCAUUUAUCAGCAUGGUCAGUGAUGUUAGGUUGUUCAAGCCAGUCUGGGCACUGAAAAAUUGGGCAGUUUAACACAGAGGGACACUUGUGUAGGUGGGUGUGUACUUGAAGUACUUCAUUUCAUUGAAAUCAUUCCCUCACCACAUAUACCUAAUUCCACAUCACCACAUUUUAGUACGCUGCUGUAGUGGGUCUAACUCUGUGUUGUGUGGUAUAUGAAGCAGGGACACACUUCCCACACUCACAACGAGGUUCAAAUGUGUUCCUGGUUGUUGUAAUUCAGGUGGAUGUAAAUGUGUCAAUAAUACUCAAGAAGGCAAAACAUACUGGUACCAGGUGACAAAAGGCGCUGUAACAUUAACUUGUGUAUAAAUUAAAAUAAGACUGAAAGUCUCCACCACACUAUAGAUGAUUAAACACCAGAAAACAAAGUUGUUGGUUGGAUGAUAAAUGGAGAAAAAAUACUAGUGGGGAAAUGGUGCUAGCUGAAAGGUGUUAUUUCCAAAAUCAAAAGGCUUUAUCUAUUGCACAGUGUUUCUUUUCUUAGACAUGCAUUAGCUUUCUCUGCAUUGUGUGACGUGGCUCAACUUUUGUUUUAGCUGUGUCAACUUUGUCGGUUUUAGGUGUAAACUGCCGUUAGCUGCUCAAAUCACAACUAAUGUUGGCAUAGCCUCCCCAAGAUGAAAAAACUUUCCGUAAAGCAUAAAAUUUCAGCUUUGUGUCGUUUGUCGAAGUUUUUUUUCGUGUGUGGAAUGGGCUCAUUGCUGCCGUUUGGGGGAAACGCACCCUGUGGUUCUCACCAACCGUGAGAAGGGUAUUUUGGGCACAUUAUGAUAUAGCGCAUCAAAAUUAGGGAAAGAAGACACAGCACUAGAAAACUAGACACAGAUGUGAACUUUAUGCUUUAUGAGAAGUGUUUUCAAACAAGAUUUUUCAGGUUUACAAAAGAAAAUACUUAAAAGGUGAAGGCUAACUGGUUGUUUUUACGGGACUGUCUUCCACUCAGUGGAUGUAUGAUAAAAUGCCUACGUGCAUAUUAACAACUAUCGGAAUUUAAAUGCUAUUGAAGACAUGUUGGAAUGACAAUGUUCGCUGUUUUCAGAUGAAUAUUAAUGUCAUCACUGGUGCCAUUGUUAGCAUUGCUCUCAAAGCACAGCCGAGCUUUAGCGCAGCUACUCUAAAUAAAGUACAUCUUUCAGAUAAAUGUUGAACUAAGUCAAGCUAUGUAGAGCUAAACCUGAAAAAUUUAAGAUGACAAAAAAGUCACCAUAUACGAUUAACCAUCUCGCUUUAGGUAAUAAUAUGGCUUUUCUUCUGGCGACACCCUCAGGUUAACGCAUUUUCUACAGUUAGAUUGUUGCCACACAUUUUAACAACUAUUUCAAAUUAACAUGCUAACAGUUAGAAUUUGGCUUCCUUGCAUACGAACGUUUAGUGUUAAGUGUUCCUCACAUUAGCUUGCUUAUAUGGCAGCAUGAUGGGGGAUUGGGACCACAAAUGCUUCUUCAGAUAUCAGUCCAUCUAGUAGUUGUUAAAAUAUUCAACUCUAAAGUGUUAAACAUAUGGUAUUCACUGUGGCAGGAUGUGUUUCAGCUUCAUAAAAGCCCACAAACGGAAUAUUUAAUUCCUCACAGGUUAUGACUGAAACUCUUGCCUCAUUGUGAAAGUUUGAUAUGAACAGAGUGAACCUAAAGUGUUUCUUCUUCAUCCUUGAAAGCAGUUAGAGGGAGGUUAUUUUAAGUCUAUGUAACGCCCAGUGUCUCUGGUAUUGCAUGCACUGCACUUAUCUUUUCAAUAUAAGGCACUUAACUAUCAGAGGAGGAGAAGUGGUUUUGCUAAACACUGUGUGUGUGUGUGUGUUUGUGUAUGUAUGAGUUGUAUUUGUAUGCAAUUACAUGGGCCAAAUCAGUCCCGCACAGUUAAAAUGACAAAUGAACAAAUAAAAAUGAUUUGAGGUAUAAUGCUA